CUUCAAAAAGAACAGACCCACUACAUCAUUGUGUAAAAAUGUCAGCAUAGAUGAAAGGAAUCGAGUCGCCUCAUUAUUUUAUGAAUCAUUCGAUAAUUAUGGAUUGUAGCUUUUCGGUUUCUUUCGCAUGCCAUUAUGUUACCUAAAUUAGAAUUGAUCGCUGCGGCAUGCGAAAAUAUGGGCAUCGGGAUAAAGGGUGAUUUACCGUGGCGUUUAAAAACCGAAAUGGAGUACUUUACACGCAUGACAACCGAGACAAAAGACAAAAAUAAAAAGAAUGUCGUACUAAUGGGUCGGCGCACGUGGGAUUGUUUGCCUGAAACGUACCGUCCUCUGAGAAACCGCAUAAAUAUGGUGUUAACGUCGCAAUUGAUGAAUUAUGGAGAUAAGGCGAUAGUAUGUACAAGUAUACCAAAUGCUCUUGAGAUAAUCACAAAAAUACAGAAUGAAGUAGAAAGAGUAUGGGUGAUAGGUGGAAGUAAAGUAUACAAGGAAGCCAUGGAAUCCCCAUAUUUUGGCCGAUUGUACCUCACACGUAUAAGAAAAAGAUUCGAAUGCGACACUUUCUUUCCACCUAUUCCAAAUAACUUUGUGUUGGUACAAGAUCCAAUAGUACCGGAAGACAUACAAGAAGAAAAAGGAAUUCAAUUUGUAUAUGAAGUAUACGAAAAAAGAUAAUGGCAGAGCUACAUUCCAUAUAAAUUAUAUAUGAACAUAGAAUUCAAUUAUAAAAAAUAAAUUGUUUUUAAUAGUUUGCUAAAUUGACUUGUAUUUGUUUCUAACAGAGAUACAAAUACUUCACUGAUUUUACCAAUCACAUAAUUAUUGACAUAUUUAGCAAUAUGCAUCUCAU